UUAAUUGGAAUUAUUAAUGGACUUAAAAAAAUUCAUGAAAAUCAGAUGGUUCAUCGUGAUUUUCAUAUAGGAAAUAUAUUAUGUAGUAGUGCUCAUACUGUAUAUAUUUCAGAUAUGGGAUUAUGUGGAGAAGUUUGUAAUGUAGAUAAAACAAAAAUUUAUGGAAUUAUGCCCUAUGUAGCUCCCGAAGUAUUAAGAGGAAAUACUUAUACUCAAGCGGCAGACAUAUAUAGUUUUGGUAUGGUCAUGUAUUUUGUGGCAACCAAAAGACAACCUUUUUCCAAUUAUGCACAUGAUCAAUAUCUAGCAUCAAGUAUAUGUAAUGGAAUUAGACCCGAAAUAAAUGAGUCAGAAAUACCAAAAUGUUAUAAUGACUUAAUGAAAAAGUGUUGGGAUCCAAAUCCUAAUAAUAGACCAAAUGCUGCUAAA